AUGGUGAUGGAAGCCGCGGUUGCAAAGGUAAGAUUGCAUGAUUAUGGUGAUGCUUUGUCGAAGAGCAUCCUAUUUUUUGAAGGCCAAAGGUCCGGGAAGUUACCUCCAACACAACGUAUGACUUGGAGAAAGGAUUCCGCUUUACAUGAUGGCUCGGAUAAGGGCGUGGAUUUAACAGGGGGCUACUAUGAUGCCGGCGACAAUGUUAAAUUCAAUUUCCCAAUGGCAUUUUCAACAACAAUGCUGGCUUGGAGUGUAUUAGAAUAUGGAAAAUCAAUGGGACCAGAUUUGUCGCAUGCACUGGAGGCGAUCAGGUGGUCCACGGAUUACUUCCUCAAGGCCACCGCCAUUCCCGGCGUUGUUUUUGCUCAGGUGGGUGAUGCCGACGCCGAUCAUAAUUGCUGGGAAAGGCCAGAAGAUAUGGAUACUCCUCGAACCGCCUUCGCGGUUAGUGAAAAGGCACCCGGAUCGGAAGUGUCGGCUGAGAUCGCCGCCGCUUUGGCGGCAGCUUCUAUGGUGUUCAAAAAUUUCGGUGAUCGUGGAUAUGCUAAAUCGCUUUUCCAAAGGGCCUCUAAGGUAUUUGAAUUUGCGGACAAGUAUAGAGGAUCUUAUAAUGACAGUAUUGGCUCUUCGGUGUGCCCAUUUUAUUGCGAUUACAGUGGCUAUCGGGAUGAAUUGCUAUGGGCAGCAGCUUGGCUACACAAAGCUACUAAAAGCCCUGUCUACUGGAAUUAUGUUGUAGAGAACAUUAAAAACUUCAAACCAUACAUAGAAUACGGCAUGUCUGAAUUUGGAUGGGAUUCAAAACAUGCUGGUAUUAAUGUGCUUGUUUCCAAGUAUGUGGUAAACAACAGCUUAGAAGGCAGCACUCCAUUCCUCUCCUAUGCCAAUACGUUUGUAUGCAAUGUAUUGCCCGAGUCACCCACCAACAAUGUGAGGUACUCUCCAGGUGGGCUUAUGUAUAAAUCAGGGGUUUGUAACAUGCAGACCCCAACAGCUUUGUCAUUUAUUCUUCUUGCAUAUGCUCGAUAUAUGAAAAAUUUCAACAGCAAUAUCCAGUGUGGUAACGUCGUCGUCACGCCAAAUAGGCUUAUCCAUUUUACCAGGGGUCAGGUAAAUUAUAUACUAGGAAGCAAUCCAUUGAACAUGUCAUACAUGGUGGGAUAUGGAAACAAAUUUCCACAAAGAAUACACCAUAGAGGAUCUUCAUUACCUUCAAUGGAUCAACAUCCACAGCAUAUUGAGUGCAAAGCUGGAACACCAUAUUUCCUCAGUAAAAAUCCUAACCCUAAUUUGCUAGUUGGAGCUGUGGUUGGAGGGCCAGAUAUUGAAGAUCAAUUUUAUGAUGAUAGAAUUGAUGCUACUAAAUCAGAGCCAACUACCUAUGUUAAUGCCCCUCUUGUAGGCCUCUUGGCUUACUUCAAAGCACAUUCAUGA